CAGAACGAGGCAGUACACAACCAACUGCCGUCGCCACAGCACGGCUCUUUAAAAAAAAAAGCUCGAAAAUUUUUCAAAUAAUCGAACGUUUUAUUCCAACGCUGUCAUUUUAAAAGAGGAUUUCGUCGAAGGAGGUCGCGUUUAAAAGUUGUUCUUUUAUGACAAAUUUGAUUUGACGAAUUGAAAUAAGUGUGUUUAUUUUUAAGUUUUUAAUUCUAAUUGAGUUUUGUUGAGUGAAAGUGAUUUCUUAUCGAAAAGUGAAAGGCGCCGCGUCAGAACUAAAAUAUUAAAACGAAAGCGAAGUGACAGAACACGCUAUGUCCAACCACUGCCGCGGGAUACCGCCAUGUCAACGGUGAAACAUGACGCGUCAUGGCGGCAAACGUUGCACCAUAGACAACAGAACGUCAUUCAAAGGAGGAAGAAUACGCGAGACACAAAAUGGCGGCCCAGCAAAUGGCUGAUUCCGCUCGUUAUUUUAAAUGUUACGGGCAGCGUUGGGGGCGAAUCUCUCACAAGCCGCGUUCUAGCCUCUAUACUAGGCUACCCAAGUUCCUGUAACCUAGGCUCAGAGGUCAGACCCUGUACCCUCUCCCUUACCUGCUGGCUGCGAGGAGGGACCAGGGUGAGAGGGUGUGGAGGGAGCUGGCUGUUCUCCUGUUGUGUGCCCGCUGAACCCAGCAGGAAUGAUGUGCUGGAUAACAGUAUACCGUCAUCAGACUGGAAGUACAAGGUGGUGCCGCCCAAGUUGCGGCAGGUGCCACAACGCAGCGUGGUGCCCACCAACGUGUUCCGCCGCCGAGCUGAUGACGAUGUGGGGCAGGUAGACUGCGGCCUGUCUUCCUCGAAGAUGAUUCAGAAGCGCAUCAUCGGCGGGCGGGAGGCGCGCUUCGCCGAGUUCCCGUGGCAAGCGCACGUCAGGAUCUCUGAGUUCCAAUGUGGAGGUGUUCUGGUAUCCCGAUGGUAUGUCGCAACAGCAGCCCACUGCGUGUCCCGCGCUCGACCCCGUGACAUUGCUGUGUGGCUGGGAGCGUUGGACACCAGCGCUGGAGCCCACACUGCUAGGAAACUAGGGGUCGUCCAAAAAAUCCUGCAUCCACUCUUUCAGUUCCGGAUGACGCAACCAGACCGAUAUGACAUAGCCCUCUUAAAGUUAUCUCGCCCGAUAAUCUAUACUACUCAUAUUCUGCCGAUCUGUCUGCCAGAGAGGGAUAUGGAUUUGAGAGGGAGGGCCGGAGUGAUAGCUGGUUGGGGAAAGACGGAUGCAAGUACUGGGCAUACAGGAACUAACAUGUUACGGUCGGCUACCGUGCCUAUUUUAAGUAAAGAGCAAUGCAUCAACUGGCAUAGAAGCAAGCAGAUCUCAGUGGAGAUACACUCGGAGAUGAUCUGCGCGGGACACUCAGAUGGACAUCAGGACGCUUGCUUAGGUGACUCAGGGGGUCCCCUAAUAGUAUCCGACAACGGCCGCUAUUACCUAGUGGGCAUCACGUCAGCAGGGUUCGGCUGCGGCGUGGACCAUCAGCCCGGCAUCUACCACAACGUGAAGGUCACCAGCACCUGGAUCCGAGGAGUUGUCUCCGAACACACCAACUAUAUUGACUUUUGAUAGUGUGAUUUUAUUCUUGGCCUGUCUAUAUCGACGGUUAAAAGGAAAUAAGCGACAAAAAAUU